UUACUCAUCGCGGUGGUUUCCUCGCCGCCUCAUUUGCUUCCAAUUGCUUUUAGUUGGACCGCUUGACGGCACUACACUUCAGUUUCGUUUUAAAGCGCAAGCCGAUCGUUUGCUUUUAAUUUGCGAGUGAGUGGGUGAAAAUAAUCACGAUGAAGUCCUUUUCGCUGUUCGCCGUGCUGUUGCUGGCGCUGGCUGCAUUCGCCACGCUGACGCAGGCCUCGUUCUGUCCUUGCGAUCUCACGCAGAAAGGACAAAUAUGCGGCUCCAACGGCAUUACGUACAAAAAUCGUUGCGAAUUCGAGUGCACACAAAAAGACUACAAAAAGCUGGGCCGCACGUUGAACAUUGCCAAGACGGGUCCCUGCUAGGCGCCACUUAUUUUGGGGUUGGCGAGAGGUGUGGCGCGGUGAAAGGCAGUUGGUUACAGUUGGAUACAGGUGGAAUUGGCAGCUGACAGCAGCGUUGGGCGGGAGUGCGGUUUGGUGUAUGGUGGCAGGAAGUCUACAGGAAGCAUUGGUGUUUUUACGGGAAAUUGAGUGAAAGAAAGGUGUGCGCUACACAUUACAUACACACAUAUGUUACAUUGUUCGCCAGUAAAGUGGUGCUCACAUAUACUCAUAUAUAGUAUGCACAUGUAGUUUUAGAUAUCUUCAGAUUUCGUGCACUUUUCGUGUUUAUAUUAUCAAUUAUAAAUGGGCUAAUAAAUAAUUACUAAACGAA